UAUUUUUCUCUGCUAAUGCUAAUCAUAUCAAUGAUUGUUACCCUUUUUAUACCCGCUGACUCUGAUCGUCAUCACAAUCUCUUUAAUCUUUUUUUAUUUUUUAUCAUUCAUUCGGAUUUUUAUUCUUUUCUCAAAUUUCGCAUUCAGAUAUCGUGCCACAUUUAUUCCGUUUCUCAUUUCUGAACACCACAUAGACACAUCACACAUUUGAUGAGCUAUCUAUCAAUUUUCCAGCUUCAACAACUUUCGUGAUCAGUAAAAAUGGAGGUUGCAGUCCCCAGACAACAACAGUAAAAAAAUCAGCACAAUGAGGAUAUGAUAGAGUUCUCAAGAUACUCAAAACAUUCCGGAACUGUCCAGAGGAAAGCUGACAAAAUCCCUGAGUAUGGUCACAAGAAACAAGAACUAAAAGGGGAAGAAACUAUGAGAUGUUUAAAGAAAAUUAAUGCAGUAAGAUUGGAAGCUAGGGUUACACAAGGAGAACAAAUAAAUCAGCUUGCUAAGGACAAGAUCUUAAAAUGCUCGAAAGAUUUUGGAACUACAAAGACGAAAAAGGUUGAAGAAAUUUAUAAGUGUGAUAAUACAAAAUCGAAGUCAUGCAAGAAAGGACAUGAGACACAGAAGCUUACUGUCUCAAACAAGAAAAGGAAAUUUGAAGAUGAUCUCUUGAAUGACGAUUUUGAAGAUGAAGAAAUGCUCAUUCUUUUAAAGUCAAGGACCAGGAGAAGAAGAAUGAAUAAUGUUAUGGAUGUUGGACAAAAUCCCCGAAAAUGUCAUCAAUGCAUGAAAAAGGAGAGAACAUUUUUUGUGCCUUGUACUAAAUGCCCAAAAAUGUACUGUAUGCGAUGUGUCAAUAAAUAUUACCCUGAUAUGUCAGUAGAAGAAAUUGCUUCAAGUUGUCCAUUUUGCCGGAAAAAUUGCAAUUGCAAUGCUUGCUUGUGUUCAAAAGGAAUGAUUAAGACAGCUAACAGGGAUAUCAGCGAUUAUGAAAAAGCUCAGUAUCUGCAAUAUAUGAUUAAAUUACUCCUACCGUUUUUUGAACAAAUUUGUCAUGAACAAAGUCAAGAGGAGCAGAUUGAAGCUAAAUUACUAGGAAAAUCUUCUUUUGAGAUUGAGAUACACCAAAGUCUUUGUGGCGAUGGUGAACGUGUCUAUUGUGACCAUUGUGCUACUUCAAUUAUUGACCUUCAUAGAAGCUGCCCCAACUGUUCCUAUGAACUCUGCCUUAGUUGUUGCCAAGAAAUACGUGAUGGAAGCAUUACACCCCGGGCUGAGCUGAAGUUCCCAUAUGUAAAUAGGGGCUAUGAUUAUAUGCAUGGUGGGGACCCUCUACCUGUGCCUUGUGAUUUAGAGACAUCAGAAGGUCAUAUUGAGCCGUCUACUGUGUGGAAGGCUAAGAGUGAUGGAAGCAUUAGUUGUGCGCCAAAGGAGUUGGGGGGUUGCGGUAGUGCUGUAUUGGAGCUGAGAUGCAUCUUCCCAGAUGGGUGGAUAUCUGACUUGGAAACCAAAGCUUGCAAUAUGCUGAAAUUAUGGGAAAUUAAACACACCACUCUUCAGCAAAAAGCAGCAAGUUCAAGCUACACCUUUUUGAGAAAGGAAGCUAUUAAAGAAGGCAUAAAUGACAAUAACAUAUACUGUCCAGACUCAAGUAGCACUAAAAAUGAAGGGCUGUUGCUUUUCCAAAAGCAUUGGGCUAAUGGUGAACCAAUUAUAGUUCGUGAUGUCCUUAAACAGGGAACAGGACUGAGCUGGGAGCCAAUGGUAAUGUGGCGAGCAUUAUGUGAAAAUAUGGUUUCAGAAAUCAGUUCAAAAAUGUCAGAAGUGAAAGCCAUUGAUUGCCUAGCUAAUUGUGAGGUAGAAAUUGAUACUCACACAUUCUUUAAAGGUUAUACAGAGGGAAGAACAUACAGAGAUCUCUGGCCAGAGAUGCUCAAGCUAAAAGACUGGCCCCCCUCCGAUAAAUUUGAAGAUCUUUUGCCCCGCCAUUGUGAUGAGUUUAUUCGCUCCUUGCCAUUUCAAGAGUACAGCGAUCCUCGGACUGGAAUUCUCAAUCUUGCUGUGAAGUUGCCAGCCCACGUCCUGAAACCUGACAUGGGUCCAAAAACAUAUAUUGCAUAUGGGAUUAAAGAAGAGCUUGGUAGAGGAGACUCUGUAACAAAGCUUCAUUGUGAUAUGUCAGAUGCGGUGAAUAUUUUGACCCAUACAGCUGAGGUGAUAUUAACUGAUGAGCAGCACUUUACUAUAUCAAAGUUGAAAGAAGCACACAGGGCACAAAAUGAGAGAGAACAGUGUGCCCAAGAGAGGGUUGCUGACCACCUGGAGGAUCGACCUUACAAAGACAACAAAGAACAUAUAGAAAAUAAGGAAGUUCUUGAAGCCAAAAGCAUGAAGAAACAACCUAUUGAAAUUGAUGGAAACAUCUUUCCAAAUAAUGUGCUUGAGAGGUACACUUCUCCUGCUACAGAGAAUGAAUCAAUGGAAACUGGUAGUGCCCUAUGGGAUAUCUUUCAGAGAGAGGAUUCUGAAAAGUUAGAAACAUAUCUUAGAAAACACUCAAAAGAAUUUAGACAUACUUACUGUUCUCCAGUUGAACAGGUUGUACAUCCAAUUCAUGACCAAUGUUUUUAUUUGACAUGGGAACAUAAGAAGAAGCUGAAGGAGGAGCUUGGUGUAGAGCCAUGGACUUUUGAACAGAAACUUGGGGAGGCAGUAUUUAUUCCUGCUGGAUGUCCACAUCAAGUCAGGAAUCUCAAGUCAUGCACAAAAGUUGCUGUAGACUUUGUGUCCCCAGAAAAUAUCCAUGAGUGUCUGCGUUUAACUAAAGAGUUCCGCCAGCUUCCCAAGAACCACAAGGCUAGAGAAGAUAAGCUGGAGAUAAAGAAGAUGAUAGUUUAUGCCGUUGAUCAAGCUGUCAAAGACUUAAAAGAUUUACUGAAGUGUUCUUGAUUGGCUUGCAGAAAGCUCAUUUUGCCGUGGUUGAUGAUACACUAGAUUUCUGUGAAUAUAAACAGUGUCCAGAUAGAAAAUUGUGAAGUCUGAAUGUUUAUUGUAGGAUUAGAGUCCGGAUAGAAAAUUGUGAAGUAGGAAUCUUUAUUGGAAGAUCAGAGGCACUCAUAAUUGAGUGUUUUCCAUUUUGGUAUUAACAUAGUGAUUUAAUUGUUAAUACUUACAUUUUAGACAACAGUUUCAGAAAGUUCUGUAAACAGAUAACGGCCACAAGAAUUAAUGAAAAUAUUGUAUUCAUGGCCAAAGAAAAUACAAAGACUGACAUUUUUUUCCUUGGAAAGAUACAAGACUGAAGAUACAGCUUAUGAAAGAGAUUGAGACCGUGCAUUUGAAUAUA